UGUCAUUUAUUUGGUAUAACUGACAAACUCCUUAUAAACAAUAGUACUUCUCGAAAUUUUUUAAAAUUCCCCUUUAAGAUCGAAAAUGUCUCCUGAACCAAAUAAGCCCGACAAACAGUCGAAAAAGGAGCCUGCAGUUUUGAAUGAAAACAUUAUCACCACGGACAAAUGUCUGGCGGACUUUUGCAUGAAGGGCGGAAGUGGUUUGAUUAUUGGCAGCGUUUUCACCUUGUUCUUCACGCGCCCACAAACCUAUCCGAUUUGGUUGGGGCUCGGAUUUGGAAUGGGCAUGGCCUACGACUGUUGCCAGGCCCGUUGGAGUGAACAAAAAUAUUCAAAUGAUUUAAGCUUCCAUAAACGUAGCCCCUCUGGAAAUAGGUUUUAAUAAAAGUGAUUCUACUUGAGACUGAA